UCAACUUGAUAUCAUACUCUUCGCACAUACACAACCGAACGAAAUUGCCAUCCUAGACGGAAAUUCAGGUGCGAUUUCCUUUCACGUAAAGACUAGCAUCGUACCUGCUUGUUGAUACCACCUGCCUUCCUGUUUUUAUUCCACGGAAAGAAACACAAAACUGUCUCCUCUUUUUCCCCAGCAUCAAGACUCCGUUUCCUUUCUUCUUUUCCUCACAAAAUUUCCCACAUUCACAGAUUCAACAGCACAUCCAUCUUCCACAAACAUCACAACCGCAAUCUCCAUUUCACCCACACAUCUUCACAAUUUUGCACACUUUUUGAGCAUCAAUUUUUACAAUCUUGUGCCGACAGCAAUUCUUACCAUUCUUGACAGACAAUCCAACCAACUAACCGCCUCAGAACGCUCGAUAAUUCGUAUUCAUCACCGUCCAAGAUGAAGACUUCUGCGAUCCUCGUUGGCGCCGGCGCAGCUUUUGCCGCUGCUCAGAGUGUCACAUUCCCUGACGGCUUUCCCAAAUGUGGCAGCGACUGCGUUCAGAACAUGUUGGGCCAGGCUUCCGAGCUUGGCUGCGGUAAUGAUAUUACCCCUACGUGCCUUUGCACCAAACAGAACUUCAUAUACGGAGUUAGAGACUGCGCUACGGAGUCCUGCGGAGACCAAUCAGUGGCUCAGCAGGUCAUCCAAUAUGGCAGCCAAUACUGCGCUAGUGUCGCGGUCGCCAUUUCUGGGGCUCCUACUCCUACUGGUCAGAACCCUUCCGCAACCACCACCGUCAUCGCAACUGCUUCCGCAACACAGACCCCAGGCGGUUCUCAAGGAGCGAGUGGCUCGGGCAGUUCGAGCGCAACCGGUUCCUCGGAGUCUAACCCUACGGCCACAAACUCUGCCUCUGGUAGUGGUGCGUCUGGAACUGGUGUUGGUGUUGGUGGAUCUGUUCCUAUCUCAACUGCAACCUUUGACACCACAAUCACCAAUAGCGAAGGCACCGUUACCUCUGCUGUCACUAGUAUUGUAUACUCAGCUACUGGUUCUGGUACGGAGUCUGGUUCGGCGUCUGGAUCUGUCACUACUGGUGUGAUCGAGUCGACUAUUACCACUAACGGCUCGACGUUGGCGACUAGUGUCACUGCCACUGGCCCAGCGAGUAGCGCCACAUCUGAAGGAGGUAGUGAAUCUUCUUCUGGUCCGGGUGGUGAAUCAUCUGCUUCAUCUACCUCUUCGAAUCCUGCGCAACGUACCGCAGCACCGGCCGGUUUCAUUGCCGCCGCGGGCCUGGCUGCUUUAAUGCUAUAGGCGACGCGAUGAGUUUAAGUUGAAUUUGGCAGAAUUGCGGGUCGCGAGGCGCGCAAGAUAUUUAAGUUGAGGUGGCAGACAAAUAGGUCAUAAUGAUACUGGUCGGCUCGUUCAUGGGUGGCUCAUGAUAGCAAGGAUUCCCUUCUCUUUGACGAUGCGAUGACUACGAGGUUCCAGGCGGUUUAUUUACGAUGUAUAAAUGAUUCAGAGUCCUACGAGGACUAUUAAUACCUGUUUAGAGAUACCCACCCCUGAGUAGAUGGCAUGAUGGCAUCAGGCAGUGGCGUUGGUCUUCUCAGAUUAAUCAAAGGAACUAAUAAAUAGAGCUUCUUUCAUACGCAUAAAUUUUCUUGGCAUGUGUCGAUUUUAAUCAAUGUCGUCUAUCGUCCACAAUGACAG